GGCGGUCACGGCAGAGAUGGACACCAGGAGGGCCAGCAAGCUGAUGUUCGUCCUGCGCAUCGGGAGCCACGACCACGCCCCCUCGUGCCGCGUGGACCUCAGCGACCCCCAGCGGAGCCUGGACAAGGGCGUCAUCCUGCAGUACACGACGGACAACGGCGUCACGUGGACCACUCUCAACGUGCACGACCCGCUCGAUUUCAGAAAGCCGCGCCGCGUCGCCUACAGCCUCCCGCCGGACGCCCGUAGCUACGGCGUGCAGCUCCGGUGGUGGCAGCCGGACCACGACGGCGCCAGCGCGGACCAGUGGGCUCUCGACAACGUGGAGAUCGUGCUAGCGCAGAGGAAGGACACGAGCAAGUACAACAGCAAAGGUUUCCACGACAGCCUCUGAAUUAGAAAAAAGUAAAUGCAUCUACAGCGACCUCUGACGUAUUUCGACGCUGUGGCAGUAGAUUAAGCUUUGUUCUGGUAUGAUGUGAAACCUUUUUUUUUUCUUUAUUGUUUGUGUAGUUUCAAUAUGCAUUAUAUGUUGGGUUUUAAAUGAAGGUUUUGUAAACUGCUUUAUAUUUGUUAUCUUGUAAAUAUAGUCUUUUUUUUAUACAUGCACACUUCAAAAGUUUCAUGUAUAUAUAUAUAUAUAUAUAUAUAUAUAUAUAUAUAUAUAUAUAUAUAUGUAUAUGUGUACAUGAGAGCAUAUUUGUUUAGAAAAAAAAAUUGAAGCAGGAAACUGUUGUAAAAUCAUAAUCACAAAAUAUGGUGAGAAUUACGGUAGACUGUAUUUAUCUGCAAUGUUUGUAAUUUCAUAGUGUAUACUGAAAAACAAGCUGAAAUUAAAACACAUCUUGUUUGUUGCAGACUUUAUUUCACACCUGAAUAUGAUGUGAACUGUGGGCUUUGAGAUGUUUCUGUUGUCAUUUUCUGAUGCCAUAAUUUUUUGUUUACUCUCUCGACAGUUCUUAAAGACAUAUGAAUAAUUAAAAUUGCUAUUUUUCAUUAUUACUCACUCUUUUGUCUUUAUUGUUAAUGGUAGUCUGUAAUAGGAGAGUAUAACACAGGUAUUAUUGUAAGAAAAUAGGCACAAAUAAAUUCCAUUACAUCAUUAUCAAUUAUUAGCAGAUUAUUAUGAACAGAUAACUAUAACUAACACUUGGUUUUCUUCAUGUUCUUGUGAUUCAUUUUUUAAUGCUUCACACUGCCAAGUUCAGUUAUAAAACAUUGCUAUUUUUUGUGUGCAUUCUAGGUAAGAAAGGAUAUAAAGCCUUUUUUUUGUUACAAUAUAUUUGCAAUGUGCAAUAAAGCUUUGAAUGCAA